GUAGAGUUGCCUGCCACUUUUCCUUGGACAGGAUUUUUCCUUCCUUCAUUUCCUCAGGGAUUUUGGAGACGACGCCAUCUAGGGCUAUCCUCGUAGCCAAGGGACUUUGUCCAAUAAUCUGCGUGGGAAGGAGUAGUCCAGGUUCCUAAGGCCGAGGGCGCGUUUGGCGCGUGAAAUGGUCGCAGUCCCGAGGGUCGGAGGGAGCGGCAGAAGGCCGGGCAACAGAGAUGCUGUGAAAACAAGUGCACCUUGCUGCGGACUCAGGCCCAGGGAUUAGAUAAUGGAUUCUGAAUUAAUGCAUAGUAUUGUAGGAAGCUAUCUUAAACCUCCAGAAAGAGUGUUUGUUCCAUCAUUUGCCCAGAAUAAUGAAUCAUCCCAGACUUACCGCUCUGCGAACUUAGAAGUUACCUCUCCUAAAAUGCUUCAUAGUCCAAAUGGCCAAGCUCUAAUUUUAGCCUUAAAAACUCUUCAGGAAAAGAUUCGUCGUUUAGAGUUGGAGAGAACACAAGCUGAGGACAACCUGAACAUUCUUUCCAGAGAAGCAGCACACUAUAAAGAGGCCUUGGAGAAAGAAACAAAUGAGAGAAAUCUGGUACACCAGGAACUGAUAAAGCAGAAAAAAGAUAUUACUAUACAGUUAAAUUCUGCCCAGGUUCGCUGUACUCUUCUAGAGAAGCAACUAGAAUAUACAAAGAGAAUGGUUCUCAAUGUAGAGCGAGAGAAGAAUAUGAUCCUAGAGCAACAGGCCCAGCUUCAAAGGGAAAAAGAGCAAGAUCAUAUGAAGCUGCAAGCAAAACUUGAAAAGCUUGAUGUCUUAGAAAAAGAAUGUUUUAAACUUACAGCAACUCAGAAAACUGCUGAGGGCAAGAUUAAACAUUUAGAAGAAAAACUUAAGGAAGAAGAACAUCAGCGUAAGCUAUUUCAGGACAAAGCAUCAGAACUUCAAACUGGACUUGAAAUCAGUAGAAUUUUAAUGUCUUCAGUAUCAAAUAAAAAAUGCUCCAAGGAGAAGAAGAAAUCUUCAAAGAAAACUAAAUGUUUAAAGAGAGGACCACAUCAGCAAAUUUAUUCCAAGUUUGAAUCACUGCCUAUUAUGGCUGAGAAGUCUGCCAGUGCAGGCCAUUCUGUGAAUAGAAGUAUGCAAAGCCUCCUGCAGAUGAUGCAACAUUAUGGGCCACAUAUCCUUCAGAAACCUACUGAAGUUACCGAGCUUAGAUGUCUCUACAAGCCUACUAGAACAAGUGCCCAGUGUAAAGCUGAACCUUCUGACUCAAAAAAUUCCCUUUCUAUUUGUGACAAUUUGUCUGAACUUUUGAUGGCAAUGCAAGAUGAACUGGACCAAAUGAGUAUGGAGCACGAAGAACUACUAAAUCAAAUGAAGGAGACUGAAAGUCAUUCAGUCUGUGAAGACAUAGAAUGUGAACUAGAGCAUUUAGUCAAGAAAAUGGAAAUUAAAGGAGAACAAAUUUCCAAACUGAUGAAGCAUCAAGAUAAUGUCCGUAAACUGCAGCAAAAAAUUCAAAACUCAAAGAUGAGUGAAGCUUCAGGUAUUCAGCGAGAAGAUAGCAGCCCUAAAGGAUCAAAGAACAUAAAAAAUAGCCCCAGAAAAUGUUUGCUAACUAACUCUCUUCAGAAGAACAGCAACUUUCAUCCAGUACGAGUCCAUAAUCUUCAAAUGAAAUUGCGAAGAGAUGAUAUCAUGUGGGAACAGUAAUAACACAAUAGUAAAACUAUCACCUUACAUGAACUCUUGUCAAUGAGAUCUUGAAUUGUCUAAAGUGGUUUUAAUUUAAUAUGCCUUAUGAAAUUUUGAAUUAUGUUUCUAAUCCUUAUAAAGUGUCAAGUUGUGAUAUUUUUAAAUUAAUGCAUAACAACCUCCUAAGAGUCCCGAAUAAUAAAUGACUGCGUUUUUGUUUCUCUGACUGAAAUACCUAAUCUCUCCAUGUUUUAGACACAUUGCUCAUUUUGCAGACCUCUUAAGCUAAAUCUAAGAAAUUAUACUGGAUUGAUGGUAUUUAAAGUUAAGUUAAAUUUGAGAUGCAAGUACCAUUCCACUUUUUUAUUUAGUAGGCUUAUAACCUUAAGAACCAAUAUAAAAUGAACAGAGUAAGGAAAGGUCUUUUACCUUUCCUGGUGCUUCUUCCCUAUCUUAUUUUAUGAGCUAUGAAAUGUUUUUCUUUUUUGUAAAUGGAAGAGCCCUGUAAAGAAGCCUUUAGCCCAAGUUUUUAUGUGACAAUUAUAAAUAGGAACUCAUGGUUACUUAAUUUUUAGAUGUCAAUAACUUAACUGCAGAAGCCUUUUUCUGCAAUUCCUAUUCUCUUUUACAAAUCCAGUGCUGCUUUUUAACACCAGUGAUCUAUUUAUCUUAUUCCUUUAUCACUAAAACUUUUGAUGAGUUUUAGUCUUUGCAUUAUGUAUAAUAUUCAUCAGUAUAAAUUGAGAAUGUAAAUUUCCAGGACCCACUUUUAUAGGAAAGUACAGGAAAAUGAAAUUGGAUGUUUUAUUACCUUAUCCAGUAACAAUUCAGAGAAAUAUGAUCUUUUUUUAAUAUAUUUUUAAGUCAGUGAUGUCAUAAGCAAUGUCUUUGUAUAUGUAUGCUUUAUAAUAAAUUUACACUUGUUGACCUAUCUUUCCAGAAACCUA